AAUGGCAGUUUUAAUUAGUUUUGGCUCAAGGACAAAUUCUCUUCCUUUUCCUCUUUGCUUUCAGGUCGGUUUCGCGCAGAUAGAUGAGAUUGGUGCCCCUUGAGAGAUGGAUUUUGUGGAGUUGAAGAGACGGAGCAGCACUUCUAGGAGACUGCUCUUGCUUGCUGGCAUUGCUGCAAUUUGUUUGUUUAUAUUCAGAAAUUCAUCGAGUUUUAGUACCUCCGUCAAGUUCUCCCAACACGAACCAGGUGUAACUCAUGUGUUAGUGACUGGAGGUGCUGGCUACAUUGGUUCUCAUGCUUCCCUUCGUCUCCUAAAGGAUUCGUAUCGUGUAACUAUAGUGGACAAUCUUUCCCGUGGAAAUAUGGGCUCGGUAAAAGUUCUCCAGGAACUUUUCCCUGAACCAGGGCGACUUCAGUUUAUUUAUGCUGAUUUGGGAGAUGCUGCUGCUGUUAACAAGAUCUUUUCACAAAAUGCAUUUGAUGCUGUGAUGCAUUUUGCAGCUGUUGCAUAUGUUGGUGAAAGUACUCAAGAACCACUUAGGUAUUAUCAUAACAUCACAUCAAAUACUCUGCUUCUAGUUAAGGCAAUGGCAGCACACGGUGUAAAGACACUAAUCUAUUCAAGUACCUGUGCAACAUAUGGAGAGCCUGAGAAAAUGCCUAUUACGGAAGUGACUCCACAAUCCCCAAUAAAUCCAUAUGGAAAAGCAAAGAAAAUGGCUGAAGAUAUCAUACUGGACUUCUCAAAGACUUCAGAUAUGGCUGUCAUGAUUUUAAGGUACUUCAAUGUGAUUGGCUCGGAUCCUGAAGGAAGGUUAGGAGAAGCUCCGCCCCCAGAAUUACGUGAGCAAGGUCGGAUAUCUGGUGCUUGUUUUGAUGCAGCCAGGGGCAUAAUUCCAGGAUUGAAGAUAAGAGGAGUAGAUUACACCACACCCGAUGGCACUUGUGUAAGAGACUAUAUCGAUGUGACUGACCUAAUUGACGCUCAUGUUAAAGCUCUCGAGCAUGCUAAACCUAGCAAAGUUGGCAUCUACAAUGUCGGGACUGGAAAAGGUAGUUCAGUGAAACAAUUUGUGGAAGCUUGUAAAAAGGCAACAGGAGUUGACAUAAAGAUUGAUUACCUUAAUAGACGUCCAGGAGACUACGCUGAAGUCUACAGUGAUCCUUCUAAAAUUAGACGUGAACUGAACUGGAUUGCCAGAUAUUCACUGGAGGAGAGUUUAGCAAUAGCAUGGAGAUGGCAAAAGGUACACAGAAAUGGUUACAACUAAAGUGAUUGCAGUUUUGCUAACCAGAGAACCUUAAUGCGUCGUCGAGGAAAACAGGAUUGGUUUUUUUGCCAAUUCUCACAACGCCUUGUCAAUAUCAGAUAUCAAAUCUCAGUUUGUUAUUUAUAGCUAUUACAGUUUGCUAGAUGUAUACCAACAAAUAAUUCUUGUUCAUCAAUAGGCAUUUUAAUUCCCAAGUGUAUGUAUUGCAACAUUGGAUAACAAAGUGUAUACAUGAGACAUAAAGUGACAACAAAAUUGCUGCUUGGGAAAUGAAUAUAUUCACAGUUGAUUCUAUGCCA